GGGCAGACUGGUUCAGAAGCGCUUCAGCCACUGUUGUGUUCUGAGAGUAGGUGAAGGGCGCAACACACUGACAGUGUGUCUAUUCGCGACUCCGUCCGAGCUGAAUCUUUGCGGACUUGUGAAAGCUGGGACUCUGCGCGAUCGAGAAGCAACUUUUGAAAAGCAGAUAGCCUACAUUUUAUUUGUUAUUUUUUUAGGUUUGCGUUUAUUGUUUCAAUUAUUAGCUGAUUUCUUUUGCAGUCUUGGGAUAAUUUAUUUUAGAAAAAGCAGUCUAAUAGACCUUCUAUUUAAGGCGUUUUGAAUUGACAGUAUUCUGACAGUUUUGUUUCAGAAACAACACAGGCUAUAUUAGUUUAAUUCGUUUACUAGUCAGUUCGGUACAUAGCUGAACAUAUCACAACUUUGGCUGCUAUAACUGACUUGUCAUUCAAACCACAAUAGGAUAAAGAACUGUGCGUGCGCUUUCUAUAAAAGUUUAUCUCCGUUUUUAAUUUAUUUCAUUAUCUUGCUCAAGAUGAUGAAUACGAUGGUAAUUCUUGCCGAGUUCUUUGUGGUCAUUUUGAAAGUACUCUGGGCUUUUGUUACCGCCGGGGCGAAAUGGGUGGUGCGACCGAAGGAGAAGAGUGUAGCGGGACAGGUGUGUGUGAUCACCGGGGCUGGAAGCGGUCUGGGUCGGCUGUUCGCCAAGGAGUUCGCUCGGAGACGGGCAGUAUUGGUGCUGUGGGACAUCAACAGCCAAAGCAACGAAGAGACGGCGGAGUUGGUACGGGAAAUCUACCGAGAACUGGACAGUGAAACCCCGAUGUCCAGAGACGGCGCAGUUGGAGGGUUAGAAGAGAUUCCUCCCUUCCAGCCGCAGGUGUACACGUACGUGUGUGACGUGGGCAAGCGGGAGAGUGUGUACUCCACGGCGGAGAAGGUGCGUCGGGAGGUGGGCAACGUGGACAUGUUGAUCAACAACGCUGGAGUGGUCUCUGGUCACCAUCUCCUGGAGUGUCCUGACGAGCUGAUCGAACGCACCAUGCGGGUCAACUGCCACGCACACUUCUGGACCACCAAGGCCUUCCUUCCCAAGAUGUUGGAGCUGAACCACGGCCACAUUGUGACGGUUGCCAGCUCUCUGGGGCUAUUCAGCACAGCUGGUGUGGAGGAUUACUGCGCCAGUAAGUUCGGGGCCAUCGGCUUCCACGAGUCGCUGAGCCACGAGAUCAAGGCUUCGGAUAAGGACGGCAUUAAGAUGACGCUGGUGUGUCCCUACCUGGUGGACACGGGCAUGUUCAAAGGCUGCAGGAUAAGGAAAGAGAUUGAGCCUUUCCUGCCUCCCCUGAAGCCAGAGUUCUGCGUGACACAGUCUAUGAGGGCCAUUCUCACGGAUCAGGCUAUGAUCUGCACCCCUCGAAUCGUAUAUAUGGUCAACAUCAUGAAAAGCAUCCUGCCCUUCGAGGCCAUCGUUUGUAUGUACAGGUUCCUGGGUGCUGAUAAAUGUAUGUACCCCUUCCUUGCCCAGAGGAAGGAGCUGAUGAACAACAACGAGGCUAAAGAAGAUAUCUAACGGGAGGACCCGGGCGAAGGCACAUGGCCUGGAGGCACCAGGAUAGACCACUGAGGAAGCAUGGAUGAAGAGAAAUAAGACUGAAUCUAGACUGGUGCACUUUGCAUUGAGCGGAUACAAAAAAGGUUGACCGUAUCGUUCUUCUGGAACGAUGCCAAGCUGUGUACAAAAACACAAAGGAUUUAUUUCUGACGGUUGUUUUAAAAGAAACCAAUCAUCUAUAUACUGUGUCAAUAGGUUUAUUGUAUUUUGAAAGGUAUUCAGUAAUUCACUAUUUACAUAAUGUAGGCAUCAGCUUUUUAUGUAGCGUCUUGGUGGAAAAUAUACAGUAUGUUACUGUACAGUACAACCCUGUUACUUUUAGCUGUUUUAAUUUGUAGACAUGCACUGUAAUACUGACUUUCUCUGUAUGGCCAAGUCUCUAUGUCGAAACUACGGUUCAACGUGGCAUUUCCAGAAUUAUAUUACCCAGCAAACCCCUGAGGCUCAGUCUAACCAAUCACAACAUGAUGCUCCUAAUGGCUAUCCUGUUAGCGAUCUUAGCUUGCCUUCAUUGUAUUUUACUUCCGCAGAUCACUUGAAGAUUUUCUGAUUAUUCCGUUUAUUUCAAACCCGUUCAUUUAACGUUAUCCUAAGUUUACAACAUUUUAACGUUAUCCUAAGUUUACAACAAAAAUUGUAUUUCACUUCUUAAUAUUUUUUGUCAUCAUGGAAAAUCCAAAACAGCAAAUCAUUGAAUUGUAGAGCAUGUUAUUAUUGUUUUUCUCCCCCAGAGAAGGUUUCUAUUCUUCUUUCCAGCAGAAUACUCCAUUUCUCUCCUGUUAGAAUAGUGGUACAGAAUAUUGGAAUAUUAGUUCGCAUAUUGGCUGACCUACCUGAGGCUUAUCCAAUCGGGUGACCUACCUGAGGCUUAUCCAAUCGGGUGACCUACCUGAGGCUUAUCCAAUCGGGUGACCUACCUGAGGCUUAUCCAAUCGGGUGACCUACCUGAGGCUUAUCCAAUCGGGUGACCUACCUGAGGCUUAUCCAAUCGGCUGACCUACCUGAGGCUUAUCCAAUCGGGUGACCUACCUGAGGCUUAUCCAAUCAGGUGACCUACCUGAGGCUUAUCCAAUCGGGUGACCUACCUGAGGCUUAUCCAAUCAGGUGACCUACCUGAGGCUUAUCCAAUCGGCUGACACAUUUCAGAACGUCCAGAUGUAAAUGUAAGGGAUGUGGAAUUCAACCAAGUUGAUUUUAUUUUAUUUUUAAUUUUAUCUUUAUUUAACCAGGCAAGUCAGUUAAGAACAAAUUCUUAUUUUCAAUGACAGCCUUGGAACAGUGGGUUAACUGCCUGUUCAGAGGCAGAAUUGUACCUUGUCAGCUUGGGGGUUUGAACUUGCAACCUUCCGGUUACUAGACCAACGCUCUAACCACUAGGCUACCCUGCCGCCCCAAGCCAGUUUUCAUAUAGCGUCCUGUCUGAGUUUCCAGGUGUUUUCCAGAAAUCCUGGUUGGAAGAUUCCUAGAAUCACAUGUUUUUAUGUCAUGAAUCCGCUACAAAGUCAUAAAAUUUUAUCAGUGUGGUUAAGGUUAAACAUUUUUUUUUUACCUUAACCACACUGAUCACCCUAAUGCCUAACCUUAAAUUAGAUCAAAAAGCACUUUGUUUUCUUGUUUAACAGGAAUUUUUACAAUAUAGCACAUUUUGACUUUGCAGCUCUCCCAUCUAGGCAAGUUCACGUUUAUUGGAAUGAGUCUUGUCCUUGAGGCAGAACUGAGCCAUUUCUGCUAGAUAGGCCAGCUGCAAAGUCAAAAUUGGCUACAUUCAUAAAAACAAAUGUGCUUUUUGGUCUUAAUUUGAAGUUAGGGUUCAAAUCUGAUUUUGUGGCUGUGCCAGAUAGUGACCACUGUGCAGAUUUGCCUCCAGAACAACAUUCAUGGUGAAAAACGCCAACCUUACCCCAUCUAGCAGAAAUGGCGCAGUUCUGCCUCCAGAACAAGAUUCAUGGUGAAAAACGCCAACCUUACCCCAUCUAGCAGAAAUGGCGCAGUUCUGCCUCCAGAACAAGAUUCAUGGUGAAAAACGCCAACCUUACCCCAUCUAGCAGAAAUGGCGCAGUUCUGCCUCCAGAACAAGAUUCAUGGUGAAAAACGCCAACCUUACCCCAUCUAGCAGAAAUGGUUCAGUUCUGCCUCCAGAACAAGAUUCAUGACAAACUUCAACCUGUUGAAAGGUACUGGAAUUUUGCAGCCCCUAUUUCCUCUGGUUGAACUGAUGGAGUCAAUCAGCCUGAAGGCUCAAUACCCUUCUGAACUCUGAUAUGAGUAUUGAUUGAUUGAUACUGAUGACUACUGGCUUUUUAGCAUUUUCUCCAUAAGACAUACUUCCAAUCCAACCAAUGACCAGCCCUUUAUCUCCCAGUGAAUGAUCUGUGAGCGGAGGAACUGUGUAGCUAGCUGAUGUAGAAACUCACGUCUUAGUGAAAACACGUCUUAGUCUCUCUCCCUCUAUCGUCCUCCACUACAUUCAUUAGUCUCUCUCCCUCUAUCGUCCUCCACUACAUUCAUUAGUCUCUCUCUCUCUCUCUAUCGUCCUCCACUACAUUCAUUAGUCUCUCUCCCUCUAUCGUCCUCCACUACAUUCAUUAGUCUCUCUCUCUCCCUCUAUCGUCCUCCACUACAUUCAUUAGUCUCUCUCUCUCUCUCUAUCGUCCUCCACUACAUUCAUUAGUCUCUCUCUCUCUCUCUAUCGUCCUCCACUACAUUCAUUAGUCUCUUUCUCUCUCUAUCGUCCUCCACUACAUUCAUUAGUCUCUCUCUCUCUCUCUCUAUCGUCCUCCACUACAUUCAUUAGUCUCUCUCUCUCUCUCUCUAUCGUCCUCCACUACAUUCAUUAGUCUCUCUCUCUCUCUCUAUCGUCAUCCACUACAUUCAUUAGUCUCUCUCUCUCUCUCUCUCUCUCUCGUCCUCCACUACAUUCAUUAGUCUCUCUCCCUCUCUAUCGUCCUCCACUACAUUCAUUAGUCUCUCUCUCUCUCUCUCUCUCUCUAUCGUCCUCCACUACAUUCAUUAGUCUCUCUCUCUCUCUAUCGUCCUCCACUACAUUCAUUAGUCUCUCUCUCUCUCCCUCUCUCUCUAUCGUCCUCCACUACAUUCAUUAGUCUCUCUCUCCCUCUAUCGUCCUCCACUACAUUCAUUAGUCUCUCUCUCUCUCUCUCUCUCGUCCUCCACUACAUUCAUUAGUCUCUCUCUCUCUCUCUCUCGUCCUCCACUACAUUCAUUAGUCUCUCUCUCUCUCUCUCUCGUCCUCCACUACAUUCAUUAGUCUCUCUCUCCCUCUCUAUCGUCCUCCACUACAUUCAUUAGUCUCUCUCUCUCUCGUCCUCCACUACAUUCAUUAGUCUCUCUCUCUCUCUCUCUCUCUCUCUCUAUCGUCCUCCACUACAUUCAUUAGUCUCUCUCUCCCUCUAUCGUCCUCCACUACAUUCAUUAGUCUCUCUCUCUCUCUCUCUAUCGUCCUCCACUACAUUCAUUAGUCUCUCUCUCUCUCUCUCUCUCUAUCGUCCUCCACUACAUUCAUUAGUCUCUCUCUCUAUCGUCCUCCACUACAUUCAUUAGUCUCUCUCUCUCUAUCGUCCUCCACUACAUUCAUUAGUCUCUCUCUCUAUCGUCCUCCACUACAUUCAUUAGUCUCUCUCUCUCUCUCUCUCUCUCUCUAUCGUCCUCCACUACAUUCAUUAGUCUCUCUCUCUCUAUCGUCCUCCACUACAUUCAUUAGUCUCUCUCUCUCUCUCUCUAUCGUCCCUCCACUACAUUCAUUAGUCUCUCUCUCUCUCUCUCUAUCGUCCUCCACUACAUUCAUUACUCUCUCUCUCUCUCUCUCUCUCUCUCUCUCUCUCUCUCUCUCUCUCUCUCUCUCUCUCUCUCUCUCUCUCUCUCUCUCUCGUCCUCCACUACAUUCAUUAGUCUCUCUCUCUCUCUCUCUCUCUAUCGUCCUCCACUACUUGUGUCCAGUGAAGCUGAAAAUGUAAACGUUGGUUGAGUUGUUUUGAGUACAGUACUACAUUACCCACAAUUCCCUCCAUGGAAAUUAUUUUUCACAUUUCUGGUAACUUUCCUUUUUUUUAAAUCCGUCCCUGAUUUGUCAAGAAAUCUUGGUUAAAAAGGUUUCUGGGAAUCAAGAUGUGGAGGAAAAAACAGGAAAUCCUACAACCAGGAUUUCUGGGAAUUUGAGGAAAUGUACUGUACAUUUGCAACCUUAGUCUCCCCUGUAUUUGAUAUUUGGUUAUAUAUAUUUGAACACAACUACAUUCCAAUAGGCCUCAUUCCUCCAGCUACGGUAAUGAGCCUAACUACCUCUUCAUUUCUUUAGUUUUUAUUUAGUUUUUGUUGUCGUAAUUCUUUCUGAAAGACUGCUCUUUAGCCGAGCAGAUGUGGUUCCUAUGUUUAGUGUCUGUACCUAACUUAAAUGAAUAAAGUCAUUUUUAGAUUAUA